GCACUCUUCGCGUGUCUUCUGCGUUUCACGAUUCUCUGUACACCUGUUCGUUUCCAAUCAAUUUCCACGUCCAUGGAUCUCCAUCAACGGCCGUAAAUCUCGCAAUCCUGGUGAAGUCAAAUUUCCACUUGUCGGAAGUUGUAAUCCGCAGCUCGUACUGGGAUCGGUCGCGAGGACGAAAAUCUGUGACGUUUGGGCCCAUUUCUUUCGGGUUGCUGUCUUGUCGGAUUUCCAAGAGAGGGUUUAACAAGACAGGUGGUUUGGAAUCUGUGUCUCGGCCGUAGGAAGGAAAAUUUCCUGAUCUGGCUUUGUCUGUGCUCCCCAGAAAGUUUCAGGGUUUUGUUUGGUUGCUGAGAAAGUUCGCGUCGCGGGAUCUGGAAACGAAAGGGAACAUCGAAAUGGGCUUCUUCAGUACUAUACUAGGGUUUUGCGGAUUUGGAGUUGGGAUUUCGCUGGGACUUGUUAUUGGGUAUUUGCUUUUCAUCUACGUGCAGCCCAGCGACGUGAAGGAUCCUGAAAUCCGCCCGUUGGCUGAACAAGACCCUAAUGCUAUGCAACGGAUGCUUCCAGAGAUACCACUAUGGGUGAAAAAUCCAGAUUUCGAUCGUGUCGAUUGGUUAAACAGGUUCAUAGAGUACAUGUGGCCUUUCCUUGACAAGGCCAUUUGUAAGACUGCCAAAAAUAUAGCAAAGCCAAUAAUCGAGGAGCAGAUACCCAAAUACAAGAUUGAUUCUGUUGAAUUUGAGACACUUACAUUAGGUUCUUUACCUCCAACAUUUCAAGGGAUGAAAGUUUACAUCACAGAAGAGAAGGAGUUGAUUAUGGAACCUUGCAUCAAAUGGGCUGCGAAUCCUAAUGUCACAGUGGCUGUCAGGGCAUAUGGGUUGAAGGCGACAGUUCAGGUGGUGGAUCUACAAGUUUUUGCCGAGCCACGUAUCACUCUCAAGCCGUUGGUCCCAAGUUUUCCUUGUUUUGCUAAUAUAUUUGUCUCUCUCAUGGAAAAGCCGCAUGUUGAUUUUGGGCUGAAACUUGGUGGGGCUGAUCUUAUGUCAAUCCCUGGCCUUUACAGAUUUGUCCAGGAGCUCAUUAAAGAUCAAGUGGCAAACAUGUAUCUCUGGCCCAAGACCCUGGUAGUUCCAAUUCUUGACCCGGCAAAAGCCCACAGAAGACCCAUUGGAAUUCUCCAUGUGAAGGUCGUGAGGGCGAUAGGGUUGAGAAAGAAAGACCUUCUGGGCGCAUCAGACCCAUAUGUGAAAAUUAAGCUUUCUGAUGACAAGGUCCCGUCCAAGAAGACCACUGUGAAACACAAGAACUUGAAUCCUGAAUGGGGCGAGGAGUUCAAAUUUUCUGUUAGAGAUCCUCAGACUCAGGUUCUAGAGUUCAAUGUGUACGACUGGGAACAGGUUGGCAAACACGACAAGAUGGGUAUGAAUGUGUUACCGCUGAAGGAUCUGACACCUGAGGAGCCUAAAACCUUCAAAUUGGAUCUGUGUAAGACUCUGACGCCCAGCCAAGAAGGAGAGGCUGCUCAGACGGAGAAGUCUCGUGGGCAGCUGGAGGUUGAGCUCUUGUAUAAGCCCUUCUCCGAGGACGAAAUGCCCAAAGGCUUCGGAGAGACGCAGACUGUGCAGAAAGCUCCAGAAGGAACUCCGGCUUCUGGGGGGCUGCUCGUUGUGAUAGUGCACGAAGCUCAGGACGUUGAAGGGAAGCACCAUACUAACCCUUACGUUCGGAUAUUCUUCAGAGGGGAAGAGAAGAGAACUAAGCAAGUGAAGAAGAACAGAGACCCGAGGUGGGGAGAAGAGUUUACGUUCAUGCUGGAAGAGCCUCCGGUCCGUGACAAAAUGCAUGUGGAGGUUCUCAGCACGUCCACAAGGAUAGGUCUUCUCCAUCCAAAGGAGUCGUUGGGGUAUGUGGAGAUACAAAUGGCGGACGUUGUGAGCAACAAACGGAUCAACGACAAGUUUCACCUGAUCGAUUCCAAAAACGGCAAGAUUCAGCUGGAGCUCGAGUGGCGCACUGCUCCCUAAGAAUCUAUCUCAACCUUUUUCUUUCUAAUCUUUCAAGAUUUUAUUCACACUUGUGGACCUACCUCUCUCUCUCUGUAUUCCCCACAUCAACCCUUCUCAAAAAUCUCAAUCAUUUGCCUGUUUUUAUUUAAAUAUUUAAAUAUCGCAUCUCGAGCUGAUUAUAGGCUCCAGCAA